AUGCGCACCACCUGCAACUUGACGUUUCUAUCGCCCGGCUAUCAAAAGGGGUGCGCCCAAUUCGACAAGUACUACGCGAAGAAGGGAAAGGAUCGGAUGUACGUGAAGAUCCGGCUGACGCUGGAAAACGGGAAGUUCAAAACGGUGUGCUUGCGCCCGUUCGGGAAGAGUCGGCUGCAGUAUCAAAAAGUGGUUGGUGACCUGUACUUGAUGUCGCACCUGAAGGCCCCGUACUGCAGCUUCGGCUACAAGAUCAAGGAGGACAACGGGCCUUGGGAGAAGAAGUGGGAGACUUGCAGCGAUGAAGACUGUAAAUGGGAGGCUUCG